AUGGAAAGAACAAGAUAUGCAUAUGAAAAGUAUCGUGAAGUUAGAAGUCAAAUUACAUCUGGUCGAACCUUUACAGUAAACUUUGACGAAGGAAAGAACAAAGAAGGCUUCAUGGGUGUACUUGCUGCCAUACAAGACGGAAAUAAGAAAGGAUACAAUCUCAGACUAACUAUAACAGAUUUGGACGGUCACAUUUACUAUGCACAUGGCAAUGUCACAACAGCUGCAAUGCUUCUUGACGCUUUCAAGACUACAAAGAGAGAACAAAUGUUUGACUCCGACUCAGACAUUUUGAAUGCAAUUGAAGGAAUUGCAAGUGUCAAGUUCGAAUGGUACCAACCUAACCCUCAAGCAGUCAGACAACAUGCUGGAUACUUCCCGUUCAUAAAUAAGUCUGACAUUGACUUGACAAGGUAUGGAAUUUACAAUUCAAUUGAAAAAAUUGUCAAUGAACCUUGUAUUCUUACAUGUCUCAGGAACUCUGGUCUUGUUACAGAUGAGAAGAUGAAGUAUCUUGAGUCAUGUGUGAAGACAAGGUACAUUCUCAGAGGUCAAUUGGCAAAAAUUGCACCGUUGGCAAAUGUCAAUAUCCGAGUCAACAUACCUACAGCUAAAGGUUCUUCACAUGACGACUAUGUUGUUGACAAAGACUUACCAUGGUUGAAGAUUGCAAUUGUCCACAACCACUUCAUGUUGAACGAAAGUCUUACAAACCCAUUGUUCGGAAAAGGCAAGUGCAACAUUGUCAGAGCUGUUAACAUUCUUUUCGAGAAAGGUUUGUUGGAACCGAUUCCAGAUGACAAGCUGACAGAAAGUUUUGUACCAAAAGACGAAACAAACUUUUCACUGUUAG